AAAAGCCUACGUCAGGAGUAUCGUCGGCCUUGGCUCCAUUACCCCAGAAACGCGUGCACUCACCAGCGAGUAGUGUUGGGUGAAAAAUCGUAGGCCCCCGGAGGCACAAAUAAACGCGGGGAUCUUCACCAGGACGGGACAAACAACCGCCAGCAGUUCACUAGAAAAAAUCUAAAAAAACCUAACGUUCGAACACGUCGAACGAUCAUGCUCACGUCUGCUGUAAGAGGAAUCGUCCGUCGCUCAUUCUCCACCUCAAACUGUGCAGCUGCACAGCAGAUGACGGUGCGGGAUGCGUUGAAUUCAGCCCUGGAUGAGGAGAUGGAGCGCGACGAGAGGGUCUACCUCAUGGGGGAGGAGGUCGCGAUGUACGAUGGGGCCUACAAGGUGUCCAGGGGGCUGUGGAAAAAGUAUGGGGAUACGAGGGUCAUCGAUACGCCUAUUACGGAGUCUGGGUUCGGGGGGAUGGCCGUUGGCUCGGCUAUGGCCGGUCUCAGGCCAGUCUGCGAAUUCAUGACGUUCAAUUUUGCGAUGCAAGCGAUCGACCAAAUCAUAAACUCCGCUGCAAAGACGUUCUAUAUGUCAGCAGGACGAGUCAAUAUACCAAUUGUGUUCCGUGGUCCAAACGGUGCAGCGUCUGGUGUUGGUGCCCAGCAUUCACAGUGCUUCGGUGCUUGGUACGCUCACUGCCCCGGAUUAAAAGUAAUCUCCCCUUACAACAGCGAGGACUGCAAGGGUCUCCUCAAAGCCGCCAUUCGCGACCCCGACCCCGUUGUUUUCCUGGAGAACGAACUGCUCUAUGGUGUGCAGUACCCAAUGUCCGACGAGGCAUUAUCCAAGGAUUUCGUCAUUCCCAUUGGGAAGGCUAAGGUGGAGCGUGCUGGCAAUCAUGUGACACUUGUGGCACAUUCCAAAGCUGUUGAGCUGGCACUGGAGGCUGCUAAGGAACUCGCUGGCAAGGGAAUCGAAGCCGAAGUUAUUAAUUUGAGGUCACUCAGGCCGUUGGACACUGAAACGAUUAUUAAGUCUGUUGUUAAGACGCAUCACGUUGUUACGGUUGAACAGGGCUGGCCGACGUGUGGCAUUGGCGCUGAAAUUGCAGCGAGGAUCAUGGAAAGCGACGCAUUUUACCAUCUGGAUGCUCCCGUGAUUCGUGUAACUGGUGUCGAUGUUCCCAUGCCAUAUACUAAAUCGUUAGAAGCCCUAGCUCUACCAGAGCCCAAAGACAUUGUGUUGGCAGUGAAUAAAAUUCUAGGAGUAGCUCAGUAGCAAAUUAUAGUGAAUUAGGUGCAUUAAUUAAAAAGAAAAAGAACCGACAAUUCUUCAGGAACCAAUCGAUUCUCUGGAUCGGUCAUCACGAGCAUAACUCUGUUGAUUUUUUCUUUGUGAGAAAAAAUUUACUGAAGACAAAACCAUCUGUAUCUAGAAGCGUAGAUUACCCCUGUUGUUAGACAAUCUUUCACAUUUCUUUUGGUGACACUUACAAUACUGUCUAAUUAUUCUUUUCAAAUUGCAGCAUUGGGUUAGAAAUUCCAUUCUUUUUUCCGCCAGAUUUUAUUGGUCUAGAGAAGAGAGGGAAGUGAUUACAAUGAUCGUUGCGCCGGUGUAAUGAUAUGUAGUUAUGUGGAUAUAUUGUAAAUGGCACUGAAGAUUGCGCAUUACUCUGCCACACAUGUUAUUAUUGAUUAUUUAUUACGCAAAAGAGAGAAGGAAAGAACGAUUUAACAAUGACAAAUAAAUUGUAAUAUAUGAUUUAUCGA